UGCGGCAAAGAAACAGACAACAGACUGACUAUGUGAAGAGCUGUGGUUCUUUUAACAAUGGACUAAAGAAGAAACUCCAUCACUGGACAGAAACAGUGGACCUCCACCAUCUUGCCAUGGAGGGAUCUAUUGCAAAGAAAAAACCAGGAUAUGGGCAUCACAAAAAAGAGAACUCUUUUGGCCACCUGCCAUUGUCCCAUCACUCCGCAGCAGACUGCAGUAGUGAUGAGAUCGUUCAGCCCAGGAAACUGAACGGCUCCUCAGCGGACACACCGAGCUACCAGAAUCUGCACCGGGAGCUGCUGCUCAGCCAUAAACGGGGCCUGCUGCUGGAGGAGAAACCGGAGCUGAAGCGAGUGUUGGAGCAGCGCAGACUGGAGCUGCACAAGGAGGAGGAGAUGGCACGACGGCGGCCUUCAGAUCUGGAGACAGAGCUCCGCAAGAGGCAGCAGAAGCUGCAAGAGUACGAGCAGGAGGAGAUCAGACGGCGGGAGAACCAGCAGAAGAUCCCAGAGUUUGUCCGUGUGAAGGACAACCUGAGGCGCACCCAGAUGUCUGAGCAGUGAGGCCCUAAGGCUCCCAUCAGCCCCCGCAGCAUCUCACCAUAGUGGCCCUAAAUCUUUAUCUUCAUAUGUCUGCUGAGUUACAUAUAAAAAAACAUCACAGAGGCACCUGCUGGCUUCAGAUCACUUGAAGGGUUUAAAAUUGCAUUUGGAAAUAUCAGAAUUUGUGUAAGGAAUCAUACAAACCAGAAAAUACAUAAUCCAUAUUUAGAAAUGUCUUCGUAAAUUUAAUCACCGUUGUGUUUCUGAGGAGGGGGUGGAAGUGCUAAUUUUUUAUUUAUAAUUAUGUGUACCAAUAUUUGUCAAGGGAAAGCUACUACUAUUCAGAGGCUAGAUAUUUUUUAUGUUUUCUAUUUUAAUUAUACUAUCUAUUUUUUUCAAGUCAACUUCUCAUGUUUCUUCAGGGCCACUUCAGUCAAGCCUAAUUCUUAUUUCGAGAGACCACUGUUGUGGGAUUGCUAACAGACACAUUUCUCAACAUAACUGUUUUGUAUCAAUAGAAACCCCCCAGUGUCAUAAAUUUGCAUGUUUGUUUAUCUGUUUCUGUCAUGACUUUUGAUCUUUAGUGUGUCCGUGUGCUGUGGAAA